CGUUCUACGACUUGUUUGUUCGCCAAGUUUUGUCAACUUUGGAGAUUGAACCAUAUCAACCUUCAAGAAUCGAAUUUCACUCCUACCACCACUUUCGUCAACAAGUUCUUUGUUUUUAGUAACCCAUGCCGAAGAGGUCUUUUGAUUCAUCAUCCGCAAUGCCGGCAAAUGAAAGAGCCCCGCCUGUAAAGGCACAGAAGACCGAACGGUCUCAUGAAGAAAACCAGGAGAGAGCGUACAUUGCCGCAUCGAGACGUGCCGACCGAAGCCUAGAAGCUAGAGUACAAUCCGCUCGCCAGGCAUCUGAGAUCCACCGAAGACGAACUGGUCGGGGUCUGAAAGUGAGCGAAGAGAUCGUGCUAAAGGAAGAAAUGUAUGAGGAGGAAGAGGACGAAAUUCCACGCCACUACAAGUACCUUACUGCUCAUUUGCAGACGAACUCCCCAGACAUGAACCAUCGUGUGAAUGCCUACAUCACGACACAGGCUGCGAUGGCCACCAUGGCUCGCUAUAAUGAGGUUAAUCGCCUUUUUAGCGAGUCAUUCCCAAGUGCCAUGGCGUACCAGCAACACCUCAACAACUCCGCGUACAUGGGUCCGCUCAUGAACAGCGACGGUACCUUCCAACAACGACUUUCAACAUCAGGAUCUAGCCAAAGCUCGCCGGCAACCCGGACGCAUUCCGUUUCGUCGCAGUCCCAAUUCAGUAGGAGAGAUUCCACCACAGUUGGAAGUCCUAUGUCCAAUUCUGCUGCUACAACCAUCUCAUCACCACCCGCCUUAACUCCCGCCUCUUCGACCGAUAUAGACGCGUCUGAAUCGAAGAGUACACCUUUUCAGACUCCGACCACUGCCUUCCCUCCUCUCCACUUGGAUCCACAGUUAGCGCAGCAAUCUACAUCAUCUUCUGCUUUCACGUCAGAAUUACCCAAUGAGGUCAAGAUGAUGGCCAAUAUUGAUAUGAAUGAUCCGAUGGCGAUGCAUUUUAUGGGCGACAACGCUUCAGCUUUCCAGAUGUUUGGACCUUACCCGGGCGAUACCACAGCACAGCAAGACAGCUCUAAGACGAAUCUCGACCUUUCAACAGACACUUUCUCGCCACAUGAUGCCCCCAUUCAAGAUGACAACUUCCUGUCAUCGAUAGAUGGCUCAAUGGAUCUGUUGGACAUUCCAACCGGCAGCUAUAGCCGCCUAGGUACACCUGCAUGUGGUAAUGCUGGAGAGGGAUGGGAAAGCUUGAUUGACUUCGGUUCAGAGCAAUAAUUUGCCUUUCACGAUGUCAUCUGUAUAUGUCCCAAUAUCACACACAUUCCACAUAUACACUAAAAGCUUUCCACCGGGUUGGUCCGGCGUUCUUCUUUUUUAUCGGAGAUACCACGCGUCAUGCACGUCAUUUAUUCAUUUAUGCCUAUCAGGGUUUGAGCAUUUUGGUUCGAUUUGCAUGAAAGCGUUUGAUUCUCGGUUCUCAAAA